UUUUGGAGCUACUAACACACGUAGCAUCUUGAUGCUAUGCCUAAGCCAUUUUUGUUUUCUAUCCACUGCAUUUUCCCUACAAUUAUUGCUCCUACCACACCAAUCGCCACCAGCCCAGAAUCUCUCCCACUGAGCUUCCAACACGGAAAAAAACAAUCCAGAAACAAGAAAACAGAAAGAACUAUACUUUUCCUUCGCUUUCAUGGAGCACCCACCUAGUUCUAUAAUUUUCAUUUCGCCUGAACCCCCACCCUUCCCUGCACCGCCCAGAAGCGUAGAUUUGUCUCCUCUCGAGUUCAUUCUUGGUCUCCUCGCUGUUAUCACCAUCCCUGCCUUGAUCUACACCUUCUUUUUCUCUAUCAAGUGCCCCCCUAGUCCUUUCAGGAGGCGGCGCUGGACCGAUUCUGGGGAAUUUCCCGGCAUCGAUGAGAACCCAGCUGAGAAUAAAGAAGCGGUUUCGGAUGUCAAGUAUCAGAAGGAUACCCAUGUGAAGGAUAUUGGAAGCGAGUGUCCAGUUUGCUUGUCUGUUUUCGCUGAUGGGGAAGAAGUGAAGCAAUUGAGUGUGUGCAAGCAUAGCUUCCAUGCUUCUUGUAUCAAUAUGUGGUUGAAUUCUCAUUCUAGUUGUCCUGUUUGUCGAGCUUCUGUUCCUGUUAAACGUCCUAAUAAUGGGACGUCGACGGCGGUCUCCUCCUCCUCCUCUCGAGCCGAUGAUCUCCACCGUGGUUUGCCGGAUGCUACCUCUUUGGUUUGAGUACAAGAUCUAGCUUCUUACUUUAGCUAUAGCUUUCUUAAAUGGGUAUUUAAUUUUGCUUGUUCUUGUUCAAUUCCUGUUUGUUUUUGCUUACUAAAGAAAGAAAAUCAAUCUUGAUAAGAAUUGCAUAA